UUUGGCCAAGAUAUCUUAGCUUAGCUCAGACGAAAACUUUGGUGACGCAGACGCACAAAGCCAGGAAUACAGCAACUCUUUGCUUUAAACAGAGUUCAGCGGUUUUAUUUUAAAAAGAGUGAUUGAUAUUCACGCCCGUGCAUAGCUGGUUUUACAAUACAUAGCGAAUGGGAGUCUGAAUAACGGCAUGUACUUCCUUGUUUUUAACCCGGCAAGUUGACUGAACUGUGUCAACUCUAAAACAACCCCGAAGUAUCGUGCUUGCAAGUUAUUCAAAAUUCAACGAGACAUAACGCCAGAAGCUAUGACGAGUAGAGAUGAAGAGUAUGACUAUCUUUUCAAAGUGGUGCUGAUUGGAGACUCCGGUGUUGGGAAGAGCAACCUGCUGUCCCGCUUCACACGCAAUGAGUUCAAUCUGGAAAGCAAGAGCACCAUUGGUGUUGAGUUCGCCACUCGCAGCAUCCAUGUGGAGGGCAAGACCAUCAAAGCCCAGAUUUGGGACACAGCAGGCCAGGAGCGGUACCGUGCCAUCACCUCAGCGUACUAUCGCGGUGCUGUGGGUGCUCUCCUGGUUUACGACAUUGCAAAGCAUUUGACAUAUGAGAAUGCUGAACGCUGGCUGAAGGAGCUGCAGGACCAUGCUGACAGCAACAUCGUCAUCAUGCUGGUUGGCAACAAAAGUGACCUGCGCCAUCUAAGGGCUGUGCCUACAGACGAAGCCAAGGCAUUCGCAGAGAAGCAUGGGCUUUCGUUCCUCGAGACCUCUGCUUUGGACUCCUCUAAUGUAGAGCUGGCCUUCCAGACUAUUCUCACAGCAAUCUACCGCAUUGUUUCACAAAGGCAAAUCUCAGGGCGUGGCGAUGCUGAUUUCUCCCCCAACUCCAACGUAGUGCCCAUCACGGUGCAGCCGACCCAGAGCUCUGCCAAGCAGAAUGCCUGCUGCCAGAACAACUGACCCACCACCACCAGCACCAUGGGAUUAUGGGUAAAACCGACACCAGGCUGGCCAUGGGGAUGGGCCACCAGACGAGCUUCAUACACGACCAGCCUUGCUUAGUUUGUGAUGGCACUCACUAUGCAGCCUAUCACUAUCAAAUGCAAUAAACGGUUAUACCCUAAAUCAGCAAGUUUUAAGCUUUAUAUAGGGGAAAGAAAAAGGAAGAAGGAUUUUCCUUUUUUUUUUUUUUAAAUGGACUGAGAUCUUGUUUUUCCAUAUUUUCACACUAAUUAGCAUUGGCACUGGGAGAUCAUUUUGUUUUUAUGCACUUUUAUCCAAAAAAGAAAAGACAAACUAGUUACAUACAAAAUCCUGUAAGAACUUUUGACUAUCACUAAAUAGAGCUUAGAAUGUGCAACAGUACUUGGUAAACCUAUGCAUUAAACAGUUUGAGAUGAAAGGGAAUUCUAUGCUUAUUAGCCACUACACAUUGGGUCUAGCUUUUGUUAAAACACUGUUGGAAGAAGCUUGUUCUUUUCUCAGUAUGUCUUUGAGAAACAACAUGAUAUCAGGUUCAUCAUUUUGUAUCUGUUGAUAAAACUUCUAUACUUUUAAUUUGUUGGCUGACUCAAGAAGUGACGUAAGCCCUCUAAUUUAUUUAAUACAUUGAAAUAUUUUUAAAUUGCAUUGCUGAGAUUAUAACCUGAGAGCCUGUGGGGUUUUUUUUUUUUUUUUAAUACUUUGAAAAAGUUUCAUGUGGUGGUGUUUUCCUGUUCAUAUGAGAUCUGUCUUUUAUUUAAGGGUUUAUUAGUUGUAUUCUCUCCAGGGUGAGUCCCAGUGAGAGCGAAUCCAUUCACUUUCUUUAUGUGGCAUUAUGUAUAUGGGUCAGCAACUUACUUAUAAGGACCUUGUAAAGUGUUCUUGUCUGUUUCUUUAUGUACUGCAGAAAUCAAUAUUUGUUUAUUUUCCUGCAUUUUGCUCAAUGCGUGUUGUGCUUCUCUGGGUGGCUGGUCAGACUGAAAACAUGCACAUUUGGCUUUUUGACCACUUUUGUUGAGGACAUGUGCUCAUUUGAAUGGAUGGGUCUGGCAUUAGUGGCUUUUCUGGGUGUUGUCCUUUCGGUAAUAGUCAUUUAACCUUUUUUUUCUGUGGCUGGAAAAGUCAAGGCAGGGACUAAGAGAGGCAGGAAGCAGCCCAUCUCAGACGGGGAGGCUCAUCCUCUAGGUGGGCGUAUUAUGUUGCAGCACCGUGCAGCCGCCGCACUUGGAGCUGCUCGCUGAGGAGUUUUUGAUGUACUGGAAGGGGCUUGUCUUACUGUAAAAGAAAUCCUCAUUGCCCACCCCUAUUAUCUGCCAUAUGUAACCUGAAGAGACUCAUACCCUUGGGGAUCUCUGUUAAUUGUCAUAUCUCUCUUUCACUUUUUCUUUUUCUCUCUCGACCUUUUUUCCUGUCGUGGUUGUGUCCAUAGCUAGGUUGUCUGGCAAGACAUGGAAGAUUGAACUUGGAGUUUAGAAAAACAAAAGGGACAUGUGAUGACUUUUUGCUCCUGCUGUAUAAUUCUUCUUAAUACAAGGAUGCAAAAGUCUUCCCUUAAAUAUCUUAUCUACAUGCGAGGAGUAGGUGUCCUGAAUAUGGGUUCUUUAUUUGUGAUUUUUAAUAAUUGCUACUUUGAAGGACCAUCUAUUUAUUCCUGUUCUUUCUGUCCAAUGACUAAAGAGAAUUUUUAUAAUCCUGUUUGGUUAAACAAAGACUUGGUGUCUACACAGCUGAUGUAAAUGUGGCUGAGGUUUAACUUCAGUUAAGCUACUGCUGAAUGAAAAAUUGCAGCAUCCAAGUCUGAAUGCAAUCAUACUUUAUUCCUUGCUUUCAAAUUUGUCAGGACUCUGUUGACUUUAACUAGGACACAGUAAUACCUUUCACCUAAUAUUAGUUUCAGUUAAAGGCCCAACAAGUUACUAUAGAACAAUAUAACUUCACUGCGCUAAGAAUAGAAUGUUACAUGCUGAUGUGAAACCAAGGUUUGCUGUGCUCUUCAAGAUAACAAGAAACCAUUGUCUCCUGUGGUUUUCAGUACAAAAAAAGCACCUUAAAGCUUGAUUUGUUGUAGCUAGACAUUUGCCUGACUAUGACCUGCAACCUACAACUAAAAGGAAAAUUGACUUGUCUUUCCUUUUAAAUUAGUGGCAAUCAGACGGGGUGGUGUAGAAGAGAGAGUUUGUCGUGCUUAUGUCUAUAUUUUUGGAUAUAUUUUAAAGUAAAUAAAGGCUAAUUGAUUUUA